CGACCCGAGCACGUCGAGCGCGUCCUGCCCGUCUUCAUCGUGGCUCGUCUGCGCCAAAACACGCGCGAACUACCUGCGGGCACAAAUUUCCAUUCUCCGUAGCCCCGAAAAACACCGAAAGAGAGUCUAUGUCGCGCCACACGAUUACCUACCUCCCGCGUACGCCUCCCCACGCACCAGAAAAUCGUGGGUGCGAUCCUCGAGCAUCUCAUGGAUGGAUCAGCCAACCUCGGGGGCGAACACCCUUAUGUGCGGGGUCUGGGGCCAAUGUCAAAUACAUCGCUUCCCCCACAUCCUGCCACCAUUCAACAGCUUUCUGAGAAGUACAACGGGGCUGCAACCAGCCAGUCAGCGCCCGCUACGCAGCAGGAGGGCUGUGUCGUGCGGCUCUCACUCCGCUGAGGGAAACAUCGAUGGUGAGUCAGUACUCCACGCCAAGCUCAUCCCUUUGUUCUUCGUUCAACGGCAGGCUUCAUGGCGAUCAAAUGCGCGAGGACGACGCAAAGACAGGAUGAAUGUAGACCAUGGUCGCAGACACCCUCUCUAUAUUUCAGCUCAGUCCGUACCACAGUAUAUCUCUCGAAUCGAUACGAAAGCACACCAUAAUCCGGCGCUAAGUACGGUACCCGCUCAACCGCGAGAAGCACAAGUUCAACAUCACCCAUCACUCACACGUGACAAGUUGAACUUCUAUCUCGCCUCCUCGAACAAGGAUCGGCCCCGAUCGGCGCCUUCGCUAGUCGCCUAUCCUCGCCUAUCGUAUCCCAGAUCGGAACUUACCCCGCCCCGAACGAUCCCUCCUCCGCCCCGAAGCGCACAAAGAUGAGGCAUAACGACGCCCGCAUCCGACUCAGAAGUCUGCACUCGCGCGCGUGACUAGCAGCGUUUACA